AUGGGCUUGGCGGAAGCUCGAGGAACGUUCCUCGGGCACUUUCGACAACUGCUCGACAUUCCAAAGAUGGCCACGGCAUCAGCGAACGGCCUGAUGCGCAUCAUCGACGUGGUCGAGACGUCGAUCGCAUCGGCAAAACAAAUUGCGGGCACGACGGACCAGAGAGCCACGGCAGUCGAGGUUUGGCUCCUUGUGUCGAUCGUGCUGGGCAAGCUGGAUGAGGGAACUACCGAACGCAUCACUCGGCGACUGGACGCUCAGAGCAUCCCCACGUGGAAGGAGCUACGGGGGGAGUUGGAUAGACUUUCCAACCAACUCUACUACGAGCCGAAAAAGAAGGAAGUGGUGCGUGCCCACACUAACAGCGCACCUGCAAGACCAGCGCGGACGGCGCUGCCACCCAACCGGCAACAGCAAACGACAGGCACAGGCACGCGCCGGUGUUACGCUUGCGACAAGACGGGUCAUGUAGGUACACUCUGUCCGGAGCUACGGGUGCGAUCGGCAUGUCAAAGGGUCAACUUCGUGAUGGAUCAACGCAAGUGUGUGAAUUGCCUAUCGAGCCAGCAUCCAGCGUCAAAGUGCCCAAGCGAAAAACGGUGUCAAGUGUGUAGCAAAAAGCAUCAUACGUUGUUUCACGCUGCGGACGACGUUUACAUUAAGUGA